GACCAGGGAGCUUGGAAUGCGUUCCAACUUGGAGUGUUCUGACAAUAAAUUCGAGCCUCUUUGGGCAAAUCUGGUUUGAUAAUUAUGUCCACGAUCUCCAAUUUCAAAAAGAGGGACCCGCACGUGGACAAAAAUAAAUAAUUUAUUCUUCUAACUGUGUAGAAAUUAUUGCCCUUGCAAGGUGACAAUAAUGCCCCUGUCCUGUUCAAUGAGAAUGAUAGCCUUAACAUAGGCUUAACAUUUUGUCUUACUUUCAGAUUUUGUCGUAAUUAGCAAUUACCUAUUCCCAUAGAGUUGGCAUUAGAAUUUGAAUAGCUAGGCCCCUCACGUCAAUUCCAUGGUUGCACUGGAUUUCACUUUUGGGCAAUGAGAACAUUGCUCCUCCUGCCUCGCAUUGGCUCUGUAGUUGUACAAUAAAAUAGAUCCAACGAGGGCUUGGAGGAGUAAAGAAGAUGGGAGGACUAUGGAUAUUGAUUUUAUUUGGGUUUAUGAAUAGUGCUGUUACGGUAUGGGGAGGUCCUUCAGAUGAUUUGGUGCAGAGGCUUCCGGGACAACCUUCAGUGAAAUUCAAGCAAUAUGCAGGCUAUGUUGAUGUUGAUGAAAAGGCAGGGCGUGCAUUGUUUUACUACUUUGUGGAAGCAGAGCACGACGCGCAUUCAAAGCCUCUCGCAUUGUGGCUCAAUGGAGGCCCAGGAUGUUCUUCAAUUGGAGGUGGUGCUUUUACAGAGCUUGGUCCCUUUUACCCAAGAGGAGAUGGCAGAGGGUUGAUAAAAAAUCCUAAAUCAUGGAAUAAAGUAUCCAACCUCCUUUUUGUUGAGUCUCCUGCUGGUGUUGGUUGGUCAUAUUCAAACUCCAGUUCAGAUUAUACAUGUGGAGAUGCUUCAACUGCUGUGGAUAUGCAGAUUUUUCUUCUGAAAUGGUUUGACAAAUUCCCUGAAUACAGAUCCAGAGAUUUUUUCCUUACAGGAGAAAGUUAUGCAGGGCAUUAUAUACCGCAAUUAGCAGACCGUCUUCUAGAGUACAAUAAAAUGGCUAGAGGUUUUCAAUUUCACAUCAAGGGAAUUGCUAUUGGAAAUCCACUUCUUAAGCUUGAUGUAGAUGCAGCAGCAAGUUGGGAAUAUUUAUGGUCACAUGGACUAAUUUCUGAAGAGACCAAUAGUGCUAUAAUGGACCACUGUAACUUUGAUGAUUAUGUUAUGAGUGAUGACGCCCAUAAUGUAUCUCAAGAGUGUACUGUGGCAAUGGAACAAGGAAAUCAGGAGCUUGGUGACUAUGUCAAUCAGUAUGAUGUCAUACUCGAUGUUUGUUAUCCAUCCAUUGUUGAACAAGAACUUCGAUUGAAAAGAAAGGUGACCAAAAUGAGUCUUGGGGUUGAUGUUUGUAUGACUUAUGAAAGACGCUUUUAUUUCAACUUGCCAGAGGUUCAACAUGCACUACAUGCUAACAGGACUAAAUUACCAUAUGGAUGGAGUAUGUGCAGUAGUGUCUUGAAUUACAACUCUCUUGAUGGGAACAUCAACAUUCUUCCAGUACUAAAGAGCAUAAUUCAACAAGGUGUACGUGUUUGGAUUUUCAGUGGUGAUCAAGACUCUGUUGUACCUUUAGUGGGUUCCCGAUCACUAGUUCGCCAGUUGGCAGACGAACUAAGUUUGACAGUGUCUGUUCCGUAUGGUGCAUGGUAUCAGAAUGGACAGGUAGCUGGCUGGGCAACAGCAUAUGGCAAGAUAUUGACCUUUGCAACAGUAAGAGGUGCAGCUCAUAUGGUUCCAUUUUCUCAACCAUCUAGAUCCUUGGUCUUGUUUCAGACAUUUUUGUCUGGUAAAGACUUACCAAACAAAGGUGGAAGGUAGCGGGAUUUGGAUUUGUGAGAGUUAUCAUGUAAUUCUGUGUUGAAUUGGAAAUUAUUUAUUCUUUCUCAGGCUUAAAUGUGCCUAGAAUAUUGUCAUUAUUAUCUUCAGUUUGUAUGCACAUUCAGACUCUGUGCAGAUUACUAAUAUUAAUUGUUCAAAUUUUAUA